AUGACCCAAUCGGAAGCGGACACUCUUGACCGAUGUAUAACGGCCCUCAUACCUUUCGCAGGCACUAACCUCCAGGCUCUCAUCGAUGCAAUAAACACCCCUUCAUUACCAAAUUCAUCAAUAGUUCUCGUUGUCUCUAAUCGAAAAGCGGCGUACGGCCUCAUCCGCGCAUCGCAGGCAUCGCCUCCAAUCCCAACCUACUAUAUCGCGCUCCAAACAUAUCUGAAAGAGCACCCGGGCAAAGGUCGAUCGGAUUACGAUCGGGAAGUGGGACGUAUCGUGCUGCAGGCUCGCCCCGACGUCGUAGUGCUCGCUGGAUGGAUGCACGUCUUUGGUGAUGGAUUCUUAGAGGAGAUGGCCACCGGCGAUCGCCAGGACUCCAUCCCAGUGAUCAACCUCCACCCCGCGCUUCCUGGUGCUUUCGACGGAAUGCACGCUAUCGAUCGCGCAUAUGAGGCCUUCAGAAGGGAGAGAUCACGAAAUCCGGGGUAA